AUGUCCUUCCGCAACCUUCAACACUUGCUCGAGAAGGUGGCCGCCGAGGGGGGCAGUGGCCGCAUCAUCUGCUACCCCCUGGGCAGCACCACCAGCCCCAGCUCGGCUUCCUACCCACAGCUGUUGCAGGAGGCCCGGCGUGCCAGCUGGGCCCUCCGUGCCACCGCCCCGGCCGGCAUCAGGCCCGGAUCGCCCGUCCUGCUGCAUUUCACAUCCCACUGGGACCAUAUCGUCUGGUUCUGGGCGGUGCUGCUGGCGGGCGGCGUCCCGGUCAUGUCCACGGCCCUUUCCAAUAACGAAUCCGUGCGGACCGCCCACCUGGCCCAUCUCUCCCGAACCCUCCAGGGGCCCCUGUGCCUGACCCGGGCACGCAUCCUCCCCGAGUUUGCCCACCAAGACGCCAUCCAGCCCCUGGCCAUUGAGUCGUUCGAUCUGGCCAAGGUGUCCCCCGGGGACGACACGCCCAUCAACCCCGGCCUGGCCGACACCGGGGUGAUUCUGCUCACGUCGGGCAGCACGGGCAGCGCGAAGGCUGUCUGCCUCAGCCACGGGCAGAUCCUGGCGGCCAUCGCCGGGAAGAUGGCCGUCGCACCGCUGCCGGGGAGGUGCUUCAUGAACUGGAUCAGUCUGGACCAUGUGGCCGCUAUCAUCGAGAUCCAUCUGCUGGCCAUGCUUGCCCGCGGGGACCAGGUCCACGCCCAGGGGGCAGACAUCUUGACAACGCCCACCCGAUUCCUGGACCUGAUUGACACCCACCGCGUGGCGCGGACGUUUGCGCCCAAUUUCUUCCUGGCCAAGAUCCGCACGGCCCUGGAAGGCGAGGUCACCCCGGCCCCCUCCCGCCGGUGGGAUCUCGGCUGUCUGCACUGCAUCAACUCGGGGGGGGAGGCCAACGUGACGCGGACGUGCGAAGACGUCACGGCCGUGCUGGUGCGGUACGGGGCGCCCCCGAAUGUGAUCGUGCCGGGGUUUGGCAUGACGGAGACCUGUGCGGGGGCCAUUUUUAAUAUGUGGUGCCCCGAGUAUGAUCGGGCCCAGCAGCGCGAGUUCGCCUCGCUGGGCACCUGUAUGCCGGGGAUCCAGAUGCGCAUCACCGAUGGCUCCCCGGAGAACGUCUGCGUGGCGCCGGGCGAAACGGGCAACCUGGAAGUGACGGGGCCCGCGGUCUUCAAGGGAUAUUUCAACACCCCGACGGUGACGGCCGAGUGCUUCACGAGUGAUGGCUGGUUCAAGACCGGCGACCGCGGCUUCAUCGACGCCAACGGGUAUCUCAACCUCAUGGGUCGCGCCAAAGAUACGAUCAUCGUGAACGGGGUCAAAUACGAUCCCCAUACGAUCGAGAUCGCCCUGGAUGAGGCCCGGAUUCCCGGCCUGGCGGCCAGUUUCAACUGCUGCUUCUCCUCCCUGCCCCCCGGGGGCGAGACGGAGGAGAUCUGCCUGGUGUACCUGCCCACGUACGACCCCAACGACGUCGAGGCCCGGGUGCAGACCACCGACGCCAUUGCCAACGUGGUGAUGAUGUCUGCGGGCGCGCGGCCCCGGAUCAUCCCCCUCAACGACUCCCUCCUGCAGAAGUCGGCCCUGGGGAAGCUGUCCCGCGCCCGCAUCAAGGCCAGCUACGAGCGGGGCGAGUACCAGGCCCAUCAGGAUUAUAAUGAUCAGGUCGUGAGGGAUUUCCGGCAGCGCACCCGCGAGCCACCCCGUGACGAGCUGGAGGAAACGGUCCUGGCGAUCUUCGUCGAUUCCCUCGGACUGGACGAGGAUAUCGGGGUCCUGACGCCCAUCUUCGACCUGGGGAUCACCUCCAUCGAACUGAUCAAGCUCAAGAAAGACCUGGAUGCUCGACUCAAGCUCCACGAGGAGGUUCCCAUCACCGUCCUCCUGAUGAACCAGACCGUGCGGGCCCUCAGCGAGGCUCUCCGGGAGCUGCAGGCCCCGCGCGGCUACAACCCGGUGGUGAUGCUGCAGAGCGCCGGGACCAAGACGCCGCUGUGGCUGGUGCACCCCGGGGUAGGCGAGGUGCUCGUCUUCCUCAACCUGGCCAACCUCAUCAAGGACCGCGCCGUGUACGCCCUGCGCGCGCGGGGUUUCAACCCGGGCGAGGAGCCGUUCGCCAACAUCGAGGAGGCCGUGACCAUCUACCACGCUGCCAUCAAGCAGCAGCAGCCCCGGGGGCCGUAUGCCCUCGCGGGCUACUCGUACGGGUCCAUGCUGGCGUUCGAGGUCGGGAAGGUCCUGGAACGCAACGGGGACACCGUCGGGUUUGUCGGCUCCUUCAACCUGCCGCCGCACAUCAAAGCCCGGAUGCGCCAGUUGGACUUCAAGGAGUGUCUCCUCCACCUGUCGUACUUUCUUGAUCUUAUGACCGAGGCCCGCGCGCGGGAGCUGGCCAGCGAGCUGCAGGGGGCCUCCCAGGACCAGGCGUUGGCGGUGGUGAUGCAGAACAUGGAUCCGCACCGCGCCGCGCAGCUGGCCCUGUCCAAGGCCGCGUUGCUCAAAUGGGCCACCCUCGCGUUCGGCCUGCAGAGCAUGGCCGUCGACUACGAGCCGUCCGGGUCCGUGGCCUCCCUCGAUUGCUUUUACUGCAUCCCCUUGGCGGUGGUGGCCUCGUCCAAACAGCAGUGGCUCGAGGAGCAUCUGAGUAAGUGGACCGACUUCACCCGCUCGGCGCCCCGGUUUCAUGGCGUGGACGGUGCCCACUAUACGAUGUUGUCGCCGGAGCAUGUGUUCAGCUUUCAGAAGACCCUGCGGCAGGCCCUGGAGAAUCGGGGGCUUUGA